AGGAGGGCUUAAGGCAUAUUUCUUAUAUGUGUGUGCCGCGCCAAAUAUCUCAGAGCUCGCUUUCCUUUUGUUUGCUUUCAGUUCAUACUCAGUAAAAGUACCUUUCUCUAACAUAAAUGGAGUUGGGGUUUUUCUUUCUUGAGUAUUGAAAGGAGGCAUUCCUGACAAGUUCGAUGAGCACACUUCUUGCCAGAGUUUAAAACUUGCAAGAUCAGGGUCUUAAAGAACAGACUCCCUGUUUACAUUUUAGUUAUUUAUUCUUGGAAGGAGGUUUGUAAGCAGUGGUGGUAUUCUGCCGGUUCUAUCAGUUAGGGAGAACUCGUAGCAGCGGCUGUGGGAGGCUCCGCCCAUCCACCAGGACAUCAUCACGUCUUGUUUUUAAUGCUCUGUGCAUGUGCAGAAGGUGCUGCGCAUGCGCAUAGGUGGCUCACGCACGCUCUCAUUUGCAAACCGGUAGCAAAGCUGAAGAAAUGGAGCCAGAGGAUAAGACUCUGUAUAAAUACAAAGGACUCUAUUUCAUAACUGGCUUCUCCUCACCUGAAAAUCUAGAUUCACUGGACAGUUUUGAAAUCCGAGAUGAUGACACAUUCAUAAUCACAUAUCCUAAAUCUGGCACAAUAUGGACUCAGAAUAUUGUCAGCUUGAUUCUUUAUGAAGGUCACCGAGAUGGAACUGAAAAUAUUAGCCUGAUUGACCGAGCACCAUGGCUGGAAUAUAAUAUUUUCCAUGUAGAUUUACCUAGUCGCCCAUCACCUCGUGUCAUUUGUUCCCAUCUGCCCUACUAUUUGGUACCCAAAGGAUUACGAAAUAAACGAGCAAAAAUUAUUUGUGUGCUUAGAAAUCCAAAGGAUGUCUUGGUCUCUAACUAUCAUUUUCACAAAGUAUCAGUCAAAAUAGAAACCCCCAAAGACUUUGAUAUAUUCUUUGAGAAGUUUUUGGCUGGCAAAGUGUUUUGCAGUUUGUGGCUAGACCAUAUAGAAGGCUGGUAUGCUCAUAAGGGUGAUUUCAAUAUUCUCUUCUUGUCUUACGAAGAAAUGAAAAAGGAUCUGAGACGUUCUGUACUGAAAAUAUGCAACUUCCUAGGAAAAAAACUAAGUGGAAAAGAGGUGGAUGAUGUGGUGGAUAAAGCUACAUUUGAUAACAUGAAAGCGGAUUCUAGAGCAAACUACACAUUCAUGCCUCCUGAUAUGCUAGAUUUCAGCAAAGGAAACUUUCUUCGCAAAGGCACUGUUGGGGACUGGAAGAACCAUAUGACUGUUGCCCAGAGUGAAAGGUUUGACCGUAUGUUUAAGGAGAGGAUGGAAAAGCUGCCCUUCAGGUUCUGCUGGGAUUUUCAGGAGGAUCCUGAGCCUAUUUCCAGCUCAGGGGAGGAAAAUAAUGUGUGAUAUGUGCCUUCAAAUCAUUUGAAUCAGAAAUGACCUUCCAAGAAGAAUCUUUAUACCACCUUAUAAUGUUUAAUUCUCAACUCUGCAUGGAUCAUAGAACAGAGCAACAUUACAUUCUGCGUUAUUAAAUAUUGUACGGCAUUUGUUUAUUGAAUUAGAUUUCCAUAGCUACCUGACACUGGGUGUUAUACAUGAAAUAAAGACCCAUAAAGACAACCUAGCAAAUAAAAAAAUAUGACCCAAAAAAAUUCAAAACCAACGUAUUCACAACAGCUAGACCCAUUUAUUAUAUUUUCUGCCUCCCUUCUUGGCACCCCACGGAUGGGGUGGGAAAGAGAUCGGGGGGGGAAAAAAGGCAUAUAACCUAUGCCUCAUCAGAUUAUAUUAUUUAUUAUUUUAAAAAGUUCAUAUAGUCACCCAGCUCAUAUAUGGUGCCUCCAGGUGUCUUCCAACAUUAAAACAGUGUAAAACCCGUAUUUCCUCCCCCCACCCCAGCAACAGUGAUUACAGAGAUACCAUGAUCAGCUCCUUAUCAGUUAGGGGGUCCCCGGGCUCACUGACAAAAUCAUGUCUUCAGAACCUUCUGGAAAAUUAAAGAGGCGAGGCCAAUCUUAUCUCCAGGGUAUAAUAUUCCAAAGGGAGGAAAUCACCACAGAGAAGGCCCUUUUCUUCGGUCCCACAAGAUGUACCUCCCUAAUAGGUGGGACCUGCAACCUACCUUGUCUUCCAACUCUGGUGGGCUAAGGUAACAAAGGGCAGGUGGUCUUUCAAAUACUGGGCUCCAAGCCAAGUACAGGUUUAAAGAUGAUAACCAACAUCUUGAAUUUCCUCCAGUAAUUAAUGCAACUUCCACAAGAGGUGUUGUUGUUUGGUUGCUGAGUCAUGUCUGUCUCUUUGUGACUCAUGGAUUGUAGAACGCCAAGCCUCCUGCCGCCUACUGUCUCCCCGAGUACUGGGGACACUAUCUAACCAUCUUAAUAAUAAUAAUAAUAAUAAUAAUAAUAAUAAUAAUAAUAAUAAUAAUAAUAAUAAUAAUAAUAAUAAUAUCAGAGUUGGAAGGGACCUUGGAGGUCUUCUAGUCCAACCCCCUGCCUAGGCAGGAAACCCUACACUAUUUCAGACAAAUGGCUAUCCAACAUUUUCUUAAAAAUUUCCAGUGUUGAAGCAUUUACAGCUUCUGCAGGCAAGUUGUUCCACUGAUUAAUUGUUCUAACUGUCAGGAAAUUUCUUCUUAGUUCUAAGUUGCUUCUCUCCUUGAUUAAUUUCCACCCAUUGCUUCUUGUUCUACCCUCAGAUGCUUUGGAGAAUAAUUUGACUCCCUCUUUUUUGUGGAAACCCCUGAGAUAUUGGAACACUGCUAUCAUGUUUAUUUAUUUAUUUAUUUAUUUAUUAUUUAAAUUUAUAUACCGCCCUAUCUCCCAAAAGGACUCAGGGCGGUUUACAGGCAUAUAAAACAUCAGUAUACAAAAUUAAAAUAAUCUUUAAAAAACUUAUUCCAGUGCCCUAUCAUUUAAAAUAGAAAUAUAAAUAUUAAAAUCAAUUUAAAACCCCUAUAAAAUUUAAAAUCUAAGCCAGUCCUGCACAGAUGAAUAAAUGU